AGCAAAAAGGGUCCCAUCACAUAGUCCAAAACCACGUUAGCCAGCCAGCGGUGACAUUAACAUAGCAUUGCUUGCUUGGUUUGGACUUUGAGUUGGGUGGAUUAGAUAGAUAGAUAGAUUAAUGCUAAUUAUCAGGUGAGGAUGAGAGUGAUCAACUCUUGCUUAAUAUCCAAGACUAAUUAUACAGUAACGUAGAUUAAUCUUCUAAGAUCUCCCAAUUUCACUUCAUACUAAUUAAAUUAAUUAAUUAAUUAAUACUACAAAAAACUCAAGUGUGUGAAUAGCAAAGAAGAAGAAGAAGAAGAAGAUGGCAGAAGAAAAAGAAUCAACGUCAAUUCCUCUGAGUCAAGCUGACAAUGUCUCUUGCGAAGAUCCCGAAGAUCCAGCCAAGUCUCCACCAACCUCUCCCAAUUCUUCAACUCGCAGGGCUUGCUGCUUUGUUCUUCAGAGUUGGGUCUCAAAGAAAUUUAUGACUGGAUGUGUGGUUCUAUUCCCAGUUGCAGUUACCUUUUUUAUUACAUGGUGGUUUAUUCAGUUUGUUGACGGUUUCUUUAGUCCACUAUACUCCAGUUUUGGCAUUGAAAUAUUUGGACUUGGUUUUAUUACAUCGCUUGCUUUUGUAUUUGUUAUUGGUGUUUUUGUUUCAUCAUGGAUGGGUGCCACUGUCUUCUGGGUUGGAGAAUGGUUAAUAAAGCAAAUGCCCCUAGUUAGACAUAUAUACUCUGCAUCGAAGCAGAUUAGUGCUGCAAUUUCUCCAGAUCAAAAUACCACUGCCUUUAAAGAGGUAGCAAUUAUCCGUCAUCCACGCGUUGGCGAAUAUGCUUUUGGCUUCAUUACAUCAACUGUUACUCUACAGAAAGAAAAUGAAGAUGAAGAGCUAUGUAGUGUUUUUAUCCCUACAAACCAUCUGUAUAUUGGCGAUAUAAUUUUGGUUAACUCCAAAGAUGUUAUAAGACCAAAUCUUUCCAUUCGAGAAGGCAUAGAAAUCAUUGUUUCUGGAGGAAUGACAAUGCCACAGUUGAUAUCUCCCAUCGAAAGAGCUGCUCGACCGAAUGAGAGAAUAUCUUUGAACAGAAUUGGAUAAAGGAAUGAACGCACGGCUUAAAAUAUAUGACUUGUAGUUAUCAUCCAUUAUAUUAUGCAUGAUUCAUAUGGUGAUGAGAAUUGUAUUCUGAACCUCCUUGUGAUGGAAUAUGUAUACGAAAGUUGUUGUUUAAUAUUUACAGUUUUUAUUGAAGUUGAAAAAAGAGCAA